GUUGGGCUUGAAGCAUCGGCUGAUUCGAGCUGCGCUUUUGGGGUUCUAUAUAAGUGGGGUUCGCUGUUCCCAAACAUCAUCAGUUAUUCAACAAAUCUUUUCAAGCAAACAAGCAGCAAUCGCUUCAAAAAACUCAACUACCAAAAUGUUCAAAUUCGUCGCCGUCAUCGCUCUCCUGGUCGCUACCGCCAGCGCUGGACUGAUUGAGACCCACCAUGUGGUGCAUGAGCCCGUCCUGGCCAAGGUUGGAUCCGUGGUGCACUCUGCUCCCUCGGCGGUUUCCCACCAGAGCAUCACCCAGGUGCACAGCAAGGCAGUGGUGCAGCCGGUGGUUGCCCCCAUUGUGAAGACCACCACUUACUCCCAUCCCGCAGUGGCUGUCCACUCGGUUCCCGUGGUCCAUGCCGCUCCAGUGGUCCACCACUCUGUGCCCGUUGUCCAUGCCGCUCCAGUGGUCCACUCCGUGCACGCCGCUCCUGUGGUCCACUCUGUGCCUCUGGUCCACUCUGCUCCCCUCGUCAAGUCGGUGGUGCACUCCGCUCCCCUGGCCUACACCCUGCACCAUUAAAACAUUUAAUUUGAUUGUUUGUUAACCAAUUAUAUGAAAACUAAAUAAAAUUCUCUAAAGUAUUAUUGAUCCUUAAAUAA